AGCGAGGUAAAGCGCCAUCACUCAGGCUCAUUCUGAAAGUAGAACCAACACUAACUUUACGUCCUGGCGAUGUGGUUUGGCAACAGACGAGCAGGCUCUAUCUUUUAUUUCAUUAUUACCAUUGUCUUUAAGCGGAGAUUCACCUGAUCGUGUUAUCUUGAAUCUGUCAGAGGAAAGGUCAGUCACCCUCAUGCGUCCUCGGAGAAGUUAGACAAGCACCGAAGCUGUCAGUGAUUGUUUCCCUGAAGAGGAAGUUUUCUAACCUGAACAGGCGUCAGCCGCUGGUGUGAGGAUGCUUUUCUCUGAAGAACAGACCUGGAGGUAACCCCGCAUUGACUUUGCUGUUACCCACCCUCUCAUCCAGGAGUGGAGAUGGUCCACUGGACCACACAAUGGGGGACAUGCGUCUGGUUCCAGACUCUUCUGGCCUUUGCCCUGGCCAACUGUUCCUCACUUGCCCCCAACCCAGUCAACUACUCUGUAGUUUACACCAUGCCAUUUUUCCAGGCCAAGAGCCCCAUCCAGAACAUAGUCAACAACUCAUUUUAUCAGGAGGUGUAUGUUGCUUCUCAGAAUGUGAUUGAGGCUGUCAACAGGAGCUUGGAGAAGGUGUGGGAGCUUAGCACUGGGCCAGUGGGAAGCCCGCAGUGUCAAAUAUGCAAUUUGUGUGAAGUUGAUAAAGAUCCCAAUUUCCUAGAGGACACAAACAAUCAGGUCUUGCUGCUGGAUACUCUCUUCAUGUAUUUAUACUCUUGUGGAAGUUCUCAAUAUGGUGUAUGCUAUUUUCACCAACUUACCUCAGAUGGGGAGUCCCCUUCUCUUUCUAAGUGUUUGUUCAGGAAGGAUUCAAACUCUGCCGCCUACUGUCCUGACUGUGUGGCUAGCCCUCUGGGUACCAAAGUGACAAUGGUUGAAGAGGGUCAGACAGUGUACUUCUUCGUUGCCACCACUGUCAAUGAUAGUGUGACCCAGCGUUAUGGAAGGAAGUCUUUAUCUGUGCGUCGACCACUGGCGACAGAGGAUGGGUUUUACAGUGACGUGCGUGGCCUGACAGUUCUCCCUGUCUUGCGAAGGACAUACCACAUAGAAUACGUCUACAGCUUUUUCACUCAGGAGUUUGUCUACUUCCUCUCAGUUCAGCGAGAGAGCCCUGAUCAGGGCUCAUCACCAUUUCAGACCCGCCUGGGCCGUCUCCCACGGAAUGAAUGGGAGAUGAAGAGGUACCGUGAGGUGAUCCUAGAGUGUCGCUUUGAACCGAAACGCCGCAGAAGGAAUGCUGCCAGUGAACCAUAUAAGGAUGUGGUUUACAAUGUGGUUCAAGCAGCCCAUUUUGGCAAGGCUGGCAGGGAGCUGGCAGAGGAGCUAGGGGCAGAGGAGGAAGAUGACAUCCUCUACGGGGUUUUUGCUGUUACUGAUGACAAUGGGAUGACAGAACACGACUCCGCCCUGUGCGCCUUCCCAAUGGACAACGUGAACAAAGCCAUCGCAGAUGGGGUGGAUGACUGCUGUGAGUCUGGACCAGAGCAGCUCUCCAGAGGGCUCUGCCAUUUUCAACCUUGUGAGAGCUGUCCACAUGAGAGCAUGGAGAACAAUGCCACAUGCAGAGACCAUCCUACUAUGGUGUCAAAGCCGUACUACAGAGUGGACCUCUUCAAUCGGCAGAUGACUGAUGUCCUGCUCACAUCUCUGCUGGUCACAACCAUAGAGAACAAGACUGUGGCUCAUAUCGGCACCUCUACUGGACGCCUGCUGCAGCUUGUAUUGACGAGAUCCAGCCCAAUAAUCUUCGCCAACUACUCUUUGGUUGAGAACAAGAGAGUCUCUUCUAUCGCUGCUGUCUACUCAUCAGAGUAUCUUCUCUUUGUUGUUGAAGAUAAGAUGUUCCAGGUGCCUCAGAGAGGGCCGGGCUGUCAACACUUCUUGACUUGCGCUAUGUGUCUGACAGCCCCUAAGUUUAUGGGCUGUGGCUGGUGCUCUGGAGUGUGCUCCUGGGAGAGCGAGUGUCACAGUCACUGGAGGAACGAGUCCUGCCCACCAGGGAUCACUGGGUUCUUUCCACGGACUGCUCCCCCUGAUGGUCAAACAGAGCUUAUGGUGUGUGGAUGGGAGUUCCAGUCUCCUUUAAGACCUACCAUUACCCCCAGAACCCACCUGAUUAGACUGGGUCAGACAGCCUGCACUGUGCUUCCAGUCAAAAGUAACAUCACACACCUGGUGUGCAAGAUUCGCUCUGGGGUCACAGACCUGUCAAAACCAGUCAAUAUUACCGUGGAGGUCCAUGAGGGGAAGGUGGACGGUCGUUACUCUAUUGACGGGAAGGCGGAACUGCCAGGAUUUACAUUUGUGAUUCCAAACAUCACAGAAAUCCAGCCCAACUAUGGGCCUCGUGUUGGGGGAACUCUCAUCACAGUGACUGGGCCUCACUUGGACGCUGGGAAGACCAGAAAAGUCACUCUUAAUGACAUGCCCUGUCCCAUAAAAAGUGUCACAGAGCCUAAAGGCGAUGUGUCCUCCAUCAUCUGUCUGUCCCAGCAAAUCUCAGAGGUGAGGGAUGUUCCUCUGAGUGUUUUUAUCGACAAGUCUCCGGUUCUUACAACAAAGGUGUUUUACUACAAAGAAAACCCAAAGGUUACUGCUGUCCUGCCCAGCUGUAGUUUUGACAGGGGGUCUAAGAUUGUGAUUGAGGGGGAGAACCUGGAUUCUGUUUACCGCACCUUCAUCCGCUUUAAACCCAAUGAGAGUCACUUAAAGCCUGUGACAAGGGAGUGCAUAGGCAAGUCCCUGCCUACAAGGAUGGAGUGUCUCUCUCCUGUGUUCCACAGAGACGAAACAGAAGAAGGAGAGCUUUCCUUUGACAUGGACGGAGCUCUGGGGCUUUGGAACAAAGAGUUCUCUUAUCACCCCUAUGGCCAGCCCAUACCUUUUGAAACUGAGGGCCAUGUGCUGAAUUUAUACCCUGGAUUUGAUGAGGUGUCAUUACAUCAUCAAAAGCUGAAUCUGGUGAGCUCCUGUAUGACCAUCAUUAUGACGGUGGCAGGUGUAAAUUGUGAUGCUAAAGUCCUGGAUAAUGAAAUCACCUGCAGGAUACCCAAAAAUAUGACCAUCACCAGUGAGGGGCUGCCAGUGAAGAUCUCCAUCAACGGACAGGUCCACAACGUUGGUGUGGUGGUGAGGGUCAACAACCACUACAUGGUGGGCAUUGUUCUGGGGAUCCUGGCGGCUCUUGUGGCUGGGGCGGUGCUGGCCUUUGUCGUCAUGAAACACUUGAGGAAGAAGAAGAAAGCCUCCAUGGUAGAGAGCCGCUUGGCUGACAGUGUGAACCGCUCUAUAACAAAUAACGUGGAGCUGUCUCCUGUUGGGGACUACAGGAGAGUAGUAUCUCUGAAUCCCCCCACCCCGCUGGUGGGCCAGGUGGUGUUCCCCAGUCUGGCUUAUGCUGCAGGCAGCAUUGAUCCUACCCUCACUCCCCUCAUGCCUCAAGAUAAGAUCUCCAUCUCCAGUUUCAGGCCAGAGCUGCUGGAGGAGGUGAAGGAUGUUCUUAUUCCUGCUCAGAUGCUGCUGGUGCAGCACCACCGCAUCAUAGGGAAGGGUCAUUUUGGGACCGUCUAUCAUGGCUAUUUCACAGAUCACAACAACAGAGAAAUUCACUGCGCUGUCAAGUCUUUGAAUAGAAUAACAGAUGUUGAGGAGGUGGAGCAGUUUCUGAAGGAAGGCAUCAUAAUGAAGGGUUUCCACCACAGCAAUGUGCUUUCUCUGCUGGGCAUACUCCUGCCAAAGGAAGGGCUCCCUCUAGUGGUGCUACCAUACAUGAAGCAUGGGGACCUGCGGCACUUCAUACGCUGCGAGAAGAGGAACCCUACUGUUAAGGAUCUAAUCGGGUUCGGGCUGCAGGUUGCCAAGGGGAUGGAAUACUUGGCUCAGAAGAAGUUUGUGCACAGAGACCUUGCGGCACGUAAUUGCAUGCUGGACGAGUCAUACACGGUCAAGGUGGCAGACUUUGGCAUGGCCAGAGAUGUUUUUGAUAAGGAGUAUUACAGUGUUCAGGAUCACAGGAAAGCUAAGCUGCCAGUCAAGUGGAUGGCUAUUGAGAGUCUGAAGACACAGAAAUUUACCUCCAAGUCUGAUGUGUGGUCCUUUGGUGUGCUGAUGUGGGAGAUGCUGACCAGAGGAGCCAGCCCUUACCCAGAGGUGGACCCUUAUGACAUUACACAUUACUUACUGAAAGGCAGGAGGCUACCCCAGCCUCAGUACUGCCCUGACCCCUUGUACAGCGUGAUGCUUCAAUGCUGGGACCCUGAUCCCGAACUGAGGCCCAGCUUUGCCACAUUGGUGUCAGCCGUCUCUACCAUUCUGUCUGGCCUGGAGGGAGAACACUACAUCAGUCUGAACAUCACCUAUGUGAACCUGGACCAACCCCGGCCUUACCCCGCCCUCACUGAGUCUGCUGACGAAUAUGACUCCACAGAUGUUGAAGACUCAUGCUCAGUCUCUUCCUGAGCCUCUCUUCUCAGACUUUACACGGAUAUCAGUAAUAGCAGCAAGAGCAUAAAAAGGAAACCUUGUUAUGCCACCACAGUGUCUCUUAUCAGAAAGCAUCUGAAACAAUUCCAGUUCCUGUUUCAAAUGUUUGUGUGCAUGAAAGUGGCUUUUAAAUACCUUCAACUGGCAUAGAAGAUCCUCAGGCGAACAUGAAAGUGUGUGCUUUUUAAGACUAGCUGAGUGAAGUUAAAGAACAGGUACUUCCAUGCUACAAGAUGUCACUGAUGAUACAUGUAACCAGUUUUUAGUUAUAGUAUAUAAGCUAACCCAACAAAUCAAGUCUGGUUAACACUUGUUACAUACUCCAUGAGAAGCUGGCUUACACAGCGUGCAGCUUCACCAGCUAGCUUGUGAAAGAAAAAGAAAGACCUGUUUCAGACUAUUCAGAUAUACAAGUCUGUCUCACAUAUCAUUUUAUUUCUUGCCCAGCUAGAAUUAUAUAAAUUACAAUUACAAAGUCAGUGUUUCCCAGUGUUGCUAACAGUAUUGAGGAAAUAAGUAAAAGGAAGCCAAACCACAAUGGAAAGUUAAGUCCAUGAUACUCUGUUCCACAUUUCUUUAUUUUACAGCUUAUAAUGUACCAGUACAGCACCAGGGCAAACAGUUUUAGUUGGCCUAUGUUUGCCCACAUUUGUAUUUCAACAGUGCAGGAUAUCUGACUUCACGAGUCCUGCACAGAAACCACGACCAAACUUCACUGUCUUUAAUCCAUAAUGUAUAUGUAGUGACUGUUGGAGGUGGACAUGAGACGGAGAAUAUUUCUGUACCCUGUUCAACCAUAAAGGUGCAUCCAGCUCUUAGUGCUCUGUGUUCCUGUGACUAUACACCACUGAUUACACUGAAUUAUUUAUUUUUCUACCUACAGCAUAGUAUACUGUUACAUCACCAAGCCCGUGUAUUUAUAUGUUUUGGCAUUACAUCCACACUUUUGCUUCAAUUUUUUUGUCAGUGUACUGAAAGUUAUUUUGAUUUAUACCACAAUGCUCCAAGGCAUAAUGUUCUGCAAACUGUCACUCAUUUACUUGUAUAUCUGACACAAUGUCUUAAACUUAGUGUAAUAAAAUAAGUAUUUAUUUGUUUAUAGAUUUGUUCUCAUGCUGUGGACUUGAAGUAAAUGUUUGAAACUAUUAACUGUCUGCCUUUGCAGUCCCUCUAAGUCACAGAAACAUGUCCAUAUGUGUUGUUUGUUAAGAGUUAACUCAUUGUCCUUUGCUGCAUUUUUCCUCCAGAGGGCAGUGUUCUGUCAAAAAUUGGAGAGCAGUGCUCCUGAAAAUGUUCCCAGAAAAAUGGAUGCAGCUUUUUUUGUGUGCAUUCAGUAACAUUGGAAUGUGAAUCCCAAGUCUCUCCUUCAUCUUUAAAAUCUGCCCAAUAAGUAUUUUUGAAUAUGAUAUUAAAAGCACUACGAUCAAGCAUC